AUUCCUCAGCUGAGCCCAAUGAACCACAGAGCUCAUUCAUCGAACAGGGUCUAUUGAAUAGAGUGAUUGUGGGGACGGAUUGUUCAUGAAAGCUAUAAAUCUCUUCCAGUUGUAAGUAACAAGGAGUCUAUGAUGGUGGAAACAUCUCCCACACAAUACUGACCUAAGUUGAGGACUUUGGCACCGAUUCCCAAAACCACUUGUCUCUUUUGCUCCUGAACAGUGCCUUCGCCCAUACCAGAAAACAUGAGCUUCAGUCGCACUACCAUAGCUCUAUUCCCGGGGAGGCCCGACGCUCUCGAAAGAGUGGUUGAAAUAUUGCGAGCCCACAAGAGUGACGACUAUUAUGCGUAUGAGCGAGAGGGAAAAUGGUACCUGGGCAUCGGCAGUCACUCUUCACUCGUAGUUGACCCCAAGGGGGAGACGGCGACAAUCUCCACCGAUUCUCACAAAGAAUCGCACCCGAUCACCGGUCCGCUGGCGGAUGUCGCAAGAGACUUUGUGUCGAAGCACGCCAACGACGCCCGCAGGGUAUUCGGGUAUGUUGGGUUCAACUACGCGGCACAUGCGCGCGGCAUUCCAUACACGGCCGGUCGAUGGCCGCUUAUGAGCUUGAUGGCCCCGCGCAUCGAGAUAUCGUUCUCACGAGACAAUGUUGUUCUGACGGGGGAUAACAAUGAGGAAGUGAAGGCAUUGGCCGACCUUAUCGAUGAUGCCAUCAGUGUGGAUCCGACACCGAAUCAAAGUAUCGACACGCAAGACGCUGCGGGAGAAUACCUAGCUCGAGUCGAGAACGCGCUGGCGGAGAUCGCGGAAGGGAAGUAUACGAAGGUUAUCCCUUCACGAGCGGUGGAGAUCGCCGGGCGAGUGGACAUGCCGGCCACCCUGCUGUGUGGUCGACGCUGCAAUGCACCCGCACGGAGCUUUUCCCUGAGCCACGGGGGCUACCAAGCGACCGGCUUCAGUCCCGAGCUCGUGAUGUCAGUGAAAGAGGGGAAGGUGACCACUGAGCCGCUGGCUGGAACGCGAUCGCGCAAGGGUAAAGACACCGAGGUCGAGCGCCUCAGACAGGAACUGCUGAACGACCCCAAGGAGAUCGUUGAACAUGUAAUCUCAGUUCGGGAAGCGAUCGACGAGCUGAAGCGGCUCUGUCCAGAGGACACAGUCAGUGUUGAGGACCUGAUGUCAGUCCGACCUCGGGGCAGUGUCCAGCAUCUCGGGUCUACCGUGACUGGCUUCCUGAAGCCGGAGAACGACCCCUGGGACGCCCUCGACGUCCUCUUCCCUUCUAUCACAGCAUCUGGCAUACCGAAGCAGGCCGCACUGGAGGGCAUUCAGCGCCUCGAAUACCGUCCUAGGGAGUUGUACUCGGGGGCCGUUCUAAUGAUCGAAGGCAGCAAGACCCUUGAGGCAGCCCUUGUUCUCCGCACUGUCUUCCAAGACCAGAGUUGUCAGUGGGUGCAGGCUGGGGCUGGGGUAAUUGCGCAAUCGACCCCUGCGCGUGAACUCACUGAGACUCAAGAAAAGCUGGCGAGCAUAGCUCCGUGUGUGGUGAGCGAGAUGGAGAAAUAGGAGGACAUCGAUCGAGAUUGUCGAGGAUGGCUCGAAUUAGGAACCAGGUUGUUUUUGUUGUUAUUUUGCAUAAUCAGCGUCCCCCAUAGAGCAGAGAUAAGAUCAAGAGUUCAUCUGGUGGCUGGAAGUUGAA